AUGUCCUAUCCUUCUCCUGGAGGACCAACGCCCAUUUUCUGCAGCCUGCAUCAAAACACCUUUCUAGUAAUCCUGAAGAGUGUCCUCAACCUACACAUCAAGACAGAUUUUGGAACAAAGGAGUCUCCAUAUGUGAGGUUGAUCCAUUUUGGCUAUAUAGCCUCAUCUGACAUUUUAGCUCUGACCACGGCUUGUAGGAUGGAUCUCUACAGGUUUCCGUUCGACAGCCACACCUGCAAUAUAACACUGCAAUCUACAGCAUAUUCAAGUCAGGAGAUUACAAUGAUUAAAUUUAGUAAUGCAGCAUGGGUGACCAUUGAGUCAAAGAAGACCUUUCACUCUCAGGGAGAGUGGGAGCUCAUCAGUAUAAACGUGACUAACUCUACUGCCAAGAUUAUUGGGCUGAUAGAAAUGGAUCAACUAGUAUAUCAGAUAACCAUCAAGAGGAGACCUCUACUGUAUGUCAUAAACAUCAUAAUACCAGUAUUAGUCUUCCUUGUGUUGGAUGUGAUGUCCUUCUUCAUAGAUGGACGUGCAACAGACAAGCUGAGUUUUAAAGUGACUUUACUGCUGUCUAUUUCUGUGUUUCUGCUGAUUCUUAAUGACACGCUGCCCUCUACAGCUGAACAACUCCCACUGAUUGGGAUUUUCUGCAGUGGGAUUUUCAUUCUUAUUGGCAUCAGCAUUCUGGAGACCAUCCUUGUGAAUUUUCUGAAGGCUAAAGGAGCUGAGAAGAUAUCAGUGGAAACAACAGCUACUGUUACUGGCCAAGAUGACAGUGUCAGAGACCUGCAGAGCCCUCCAGACUCAUUUACAGAUCAGAAUGAAGAACAGUCUUGUACCCUUGACCUUCUGAAGCAGAUCCUUACUGAGUGUUGUGCUGCAAUUCAACAAAACCAGCGAGAGAAGACAUCUCUGUGCUGGACCAGAGUGGCAAGAAUCAUAAAUGCGACCUUCUUGGUUCUUUACAUAUUCACCAUUACUGUGUUUCUGUCUGUGCUUAGGAAGCUUUG